AUGUCGCGUCGGACCCAGCAUCCGUCCAUUCAUGGAUGGCUCCUCCUAGGUCUCUCCGCGCUGCUGCUCUCAGCCGUCCUCCUCAGCUCCUCGUUUCCCGCAGCAGACGCAGCUUCGCGGGAGCUUCUGGCGGCCGACGAGCCCGUGGACCCGGAUGACGUCACAGGAUGCCACCGUGGCGAUGGCGUGUGGGCGCGCUGCGUCCCUCUCACGGCCGGAGAAGUCCGAGAGAUGUUCCGACCAGGGACGGAUCUCGGCGGCGUGACGACUUUGGUGGAUGCCGGUGAUCAGGAUGCUGCUGCCAACGCAGACCACUCCCGGAAGCUUGCUGAGGUGGAACUCCCCGAUGCUGACGUGGAUGAGAGCGUCUCUGACGUGGAAGUCGUGGACGCCGUGCUGGAAGACGUGGCCGCGCAGAACGUCCAGCCUGCUGACGUCACGGUAGAUGACGUGGCACCGAUGGUUGACGAGCAGCAGCAGGGCCAGACGGGGGAGGAGGCGGGGACGGAAGGGCAGCAACCGCAACAGGAGCAGAAACAGGAGGAGGAGGCGGGGGAGAAAGGGCAAGGGUAUUUAAGGAUGGCCGCCGCUGAUAGAACUGACAGCGCUGCUAACGCUGUUGUUAGGGCGGGUAGCGGCGGUGCUGGUGGGGAGGGGUCCGCUGAAUCCCCGCGAAGGCGCGUGCUGCGCGAGCUGGGGUACGGGUACUGGUUCGCCGUGGAUAACCAGCUGCUCGACGAGGAAGGGCGCGUGAUCAAGUUCUCUGGAGUCACGUGGAAUGGCUUUGACACGGAGAACUGUGUGGUGGACGGCAUAGCGGGCGGCAGCGGCUUGUCCUAUGCGGACCACCUGGAUAAGAUCCAGGGCGCGGGGUUCAACGUGGUGCGCCUGCCCUUCUCCACGGAGUGCCUCAUGUACGACGAGAGGACGCCUUCCAGAGAAGCCAUUGACUUUGAUCUCAACCCCGACCUCAAGAACCUCACGGUGAUUCAAGCAAUCGAUGCUGUAGUGAAGGCGUGUCGCGACCGUGGGCUGAGGGUCAUUCUCGCCAACACGCGCAUCGGGCCCGCCCUGCCUCCUCUCUACGAGGACGACCUGGGCGUGUGGUGGGACGCGGGGCACUCCGAGGCCGUGUGGAUCGGCAACUGGCUAAAGCUGGCCCAGCGAUACAUCGGGGACAGGACCGUUGUUGGGGUCGAUCUAUACAACGAGAUUCACAACCACCCGUCGCACCCGGAUAUUGUAUGGGCGGGGGACAACGUGGGGGAGCCGUACAACUGGCGCACCGCUGCUAAGAGGGCCGCGGAUGCCAUUCAGACAGUCAACCCCGACCUGCUGAUCAUCGUGCAAGGGCUGGGCACACAGUACACGUGGAGGGGCGCGGACCAGAGAGGGGUGAUGGCGCACCCACUCAAGCUCAAGGUCAAGUACAAGCUCGCCUAUGCAGUGAACGAUUUCGGCCCGUUCGUCGACCCCACCAAGCCCUGGUUCAAGGACAUGAACUUCCCAGAGAACCUCGAGGCUUACUGGGACGCCGCGUUCGGUUUCAUCCCUCAGAAGAACUUCACCCCCCUUAUAGUCACAGAGUGGGGCAGCCGGUUCCCCUCGGUGGAUAACACGUCCUCGGAUUUCCAGGAGAUGCAGUAUUUGGAGAAGUUUCAGCGGUAUAUUCGGUCGAGGAGUGCCGGGUGGGUGUGGCUCACGUGGGGCCCGACGAACAAGCAAGUGGGCGGGCUUUUAGCUAAGAGCUGGAAGAAGACGGAGCAGCCGAAGUUGUCGUUCCUGCAGCCAAUCAUGCACCCCAGGUUUGGGCCGGCCAAUGGGGAGCAGCCGUGGACGGCGCCGGAUCAUGACAAGCUGGUGGUGUUUGCUCCGGACACGAAUGUCACGGUCAUUGGGUCAGGCGAAGACCUGAGUCCCAAGCUGCAGCGCCCUCAAUGGAAUGCUGCUGCUCACAGUCCUCAUGGCCCGGUGGCUUUCACCCUCAUGUACUGCCUUGUGCUGGCUUUUAUUGUGUCGCUUAGUGCAUUCUGA